GGACGUACGGGCGGCCGCUCGCUCUUCGCUCUCCGUGCUCGUUUGGUGCUCGCUGAAUUCUGCUCGCUGGCGCUGCUUCGCUCCGCGCGCCAAGUGAUCGCGAACGACCCGUCGACGUUGUCGCGCGGUGAAGUCACGCCAGAUAAACAAAGGAGCAGGCGCACCGGACGUUUUCUAACGCGUCGCGCGACGUAAAGUUCGUGCGCCGACAAUUCGUCGUGAUUCCCGCGGUGAGCGAGUUGUACGUGUGGGAGGCCCUUGAAACCCUGGAGGACCGAGGACAGCGAAGUAUAUACCGGGACUACCUCGAAGUCGGAAAAACGACGGUGAAAAUAAAUUCCGACUGACGUCUGAGUUGACAUUUAAAACGAGACUGUGUAAAAAAGAAAGAACCGCGAGAGUCGCGUCAUUGAGUAACAAGUGGAUCGCAAGUGGAAUAACGAGCCGUGGAAUCGGGACUACCUCAGAAUAAAACAAAAAAACAAAAAAAAAAAAAAGAUAAUAAGAGACUAUAAAUAGAAGAGAAUCACGAGAGAGAUAGAAGAAAAGGAAUCGUCCGUCUGGUGUAUCCGAUUCGAAAGCGGGAGCGCCGCGCGAGAUUACCAUCUUCCCGUCGGGCCAAAAUAAUCACUCGCUCUCACCGUGUUCCGUUCCUCCUCUUUCUCUCCCACCCGCUCAGUGCGUUACCUCAUCGGAGCUGAGUAGGUGCGUGUAACGAGCGUAUGCGCGCGUUGUGCAACCCACCUCGCACUGAUCCUCGGAGAGCGAGCGAGCGAGCGUAAGAAAGAGAGAGAGAGAGAGAGACAGAGUCGAAUGCAGACACUGUAUACGUUCGAUCGGCCUGGAAGCAAAACAAUGUGCGGCUGGUGUAGCGCUGUGUAGCGGGUAGUGGAGAGGAGAGCUCUGUGCGUGUAUACGUACAGCUGCUGCUGCGCGGUGCGCUGGUGUGCGUUUGUUUAUGCGCGUAGAUUAGCCGCACGCUCGUACUCGCGCGCGGGGCAGUUCAUUCAACAGCCAGCCGCGCUUCGACGCGCGCGACUCCUCGUCGUGCCGCGUUCCGCCGACGACGUUUCGAGAAAGCGAACGAGGAGAGGAUAUAUCGCGUCGACCCGCGUAUUUGCCUAGUGAAUCAUACCCGUCCGAUUACGCACGGACGCGCCUGUACGCGGAUACUCCGUCGUGCUUUAUAUAUAUGUGUAUAUAUCUGUAUAUAUAUAUAUAUGCACACACAUAUACACAUCGCCACUGUGUAUUAUUGUUGACGUGUCUCUCGGCGACAACUCAGCGAUUCAGAGAGCGAGUCACUAAUCGGAGGACAGCCCGUAUUUCUUCGUGGAAAAAGGAAUUCUCAAGUCUUCCCGCUGAGGUUUUCCUGGUACGAGAAAAGGAAGUUUGGUUUUACUGAAAGAAAAUAGUGCAGCGUUCUCUCUCUUUUCUCCUUACCUCAGGCUGUUUAUUGUUUGCAUGGGACCUCGUCGACCCAGGUAAACAUCGAAAGAAGGAAACAGAGUGGGAAAACUGUUGUCGGCUCGAAGAGAGAGCGAGAGAGAGAGAGAGAGAGAGAGAUCUUGUACAUUAGAAGAAGAGGGGACGACACAUAGAGCUUUGAGUGAAACCGUCGGGUCCCCGUUGUACAGUCUGUUUACUACACGUCGUAGUCGUGGUUGUUGUUACGUGUUCCGCGUGUCAGCAUCGAGAGCACGAGGCGGAGAGUUCGAGGAUGCCGAGUGCCGAGGAGACGACGUAUCUGAUCGGCGUGAUGCCGGACGGCGCGGCGCAGGCGGACGCGUUCCUGACGCGCGACGUCGACCUCCUGGUGUCGCAGAUCAAGGAGAACCUACGACUGUCCGGUCUGAAGGCCAAGUCCAGCAUCAGCUGCAAGAACAAUCGGCCGUCGCCGUACCGGGUGCCGGCACGUUCCUGGGCGGAUCCGGCCGCCGGCUGCGAGGUCUGCGGUCUGCGGUCUAACGGCCAGCAACAACAACAAUCGCAGCAACAGCAUCACGUGACUGCUGCUCAUCAUCCUCAUCAUCAUCACCACCACCACCACCACCACCACCACCACCAUCACCACCAUUAUCACAAUCAUCUGAAGAGGAGCGAGAGGAGGGUGGACGAUGAUCCGUACGAGGUACUUCAGGAACUGCUGCGCGAAGGCGGCCUCAUCAAGGAGGCGGUGAAGAGGCUGCAGGAGAACCUCGACGAGCUCUCGAGCUCGAAAGUGGACGAAGACGACGUGGUGAACGAUGAGGACGACGUGCGGCAGUCCGGUGGCGGAUACCGCAGGAAACCGUACUUCUACGAUUCCGAGGACGAGCCGUUACCGCCGAUGUACGACCCUCUGGAACUGUGAGCCGUCCAACGGCGACGUUUGGGGAAAACUUUUAUGAACGUUUCUACGUUCUCGCGUCGCGAACAAUGCCGCUUUAUCCCGCCAGGGUCGUUUUCGACCUGGUCCUUUCCUUUAAGCUUCUUUUAAUGGAAGGAAUAGGAGAUUCUAGGUAGGGCCGUUUCUUUUGUGAUUCGGGAACGGAAAGUGUCUCGAAAGUGGAUAAGAAUUCACGUUGAAGAAGGAAAUCGAUAAAAAGGGGUAUCCUGUGAAAACGCGUUUCGUUCGCUCGGCCGCGUGGGAGUCUCAGGAGACGACGGCGACGGGAAAGUGUGCGUGCGUGCGUGCGUGUAUGUAUGUAUGUAAACACAAUUAGGCGAGAACUCGCCUUACAUGGCCGUGUUUGUAAAUACGCUGCGUUGUCGGCGCUGCGCGAUAGCUUCGCCCUCACCGCUGUAUCGACGCUCGCGGACGGACCUACGUGGAAGACUUACUUAUGGCCGCCAACGCGGCCCGCGUCCCGCUCGACUCGCUUCACCACCGCGUUUCGAAACGCGCACGCGAGAUGUUCCUUUCCCGCACUGUUCUACAUCGCGUCGGUAUCUCGAGAUCGUUUAUUAAAUAUCGCUGGCGAACUCAACGCCGUCUCGACGUGACUAAUGUCUGUUUCUGUCAAUGUAGAUUAACUAUAAUCUCUCAGUUCUACUUUUCAUCUUUUUUUUUUUUUUUCCUUUCUUUU